AUGCAAACUGCACCUACUAUCAAGAAGAAGAAGAAGAAGGAGAUAUCUUUACGUACACGGCACGUACUAUAAAGAGAGAGGAAGAACUCUAGAAGGAAACUACGUUAGCAAAUUGCGUGUAUAGCCACGAAGAAGAGACAUGAGUUACUCUGUACAUGUUCUCUAUGAUGGCUAUUCGCGAAUGGAAGAUAGCAAAAUGAAGGCCAAUUGUACCUGUACCCUAAUUAAAGGGCCAAAUAAAAUGAUAGUGGACACUAUGACGGCUUGGGAUAGACUGAAGAUAAUAUCAGGUCUUGACUCGCAUGGGAUAUGCUGUGAUGACAUAAAUUAUGCUGUUGGAACGCAUGGACAUUCAGAUCAUCUUGGAAACCUCAAUCUGUUCACCAAGGCCAAGCAUAUUGUUGGGUAUAUAGUGUCACAUGAAGAUGAAUUCUUCAUCCAUCCUUUUGACACAGGGGAACCAUUUAAGAUUGAUGAAGCCCUCCAAGUGAUCCCCACUCCCGGCCACACCUCAGCAGAUGUCAGCGUUGUGGUUGAGACACAAGACCUUGGAACUGUUGUUAUUGCAGGUGACCUUUUUGAAAGAGAAGAGGAUAUUGCAGAUCCAUCACUUUGGAAGUAUAUUGCAGGAAGUGAGAAUCCAGAAUCACAGGAAAAAAAUCGAAAUAAAGUACUUGUCAUGGCAGAUUAUAUAAUUCCAGGCCACGGCCCCAUGUUUAAAGUUACUGAACAUAUGAAAGAGGCAGCUAAAGGAUCAUCAUUUAAUGGAACUUAACUGACAAAUAAGUAUUAUAUAAAUAAUAGUGUGUGUGUGUGUGUGUGUGUUUUCAGCCAGUUACCCAACAAACAGUUACCUUGAAGGUACUGUACUGAAAAACUGCUUCAUAUUAUAAUGCACACAUGGGUGCACACAGUCACACACUACACUUCUCUCUCACUCUCAUUCAUAGCCCAACACAUGAUGCUCACAAUAUUUUACAAAUUUUUUGUUUGGAAAGUACUAUUAUUUAAAAUAAAGUUAAGGAUUUAAGAGGUACACAAUCACAGCAUAUGUGAUUGUUUAAAUCAUAUCUGAUGAUAUUUGUUUUUAAUCUUACAAUGUUUACAACUAUAAAAUAUUGUUAAAAACACAUGAUCAUUGUUAGGUACAAAAUGAAUUGUGAUCCUUGUGUAUAAGAUUUUCUCUGUAUUUUACAAUUGAUGAGUACAGAGAAAUUUAAAUAUCAUAACAGUACUCUGUAUAUAAAUGGAAUAAAUGGAAUGGAUUUACCAUUUCUGUUA